AUGGCGGAGGGGUGCGGUGAGGAGUUUGAGGAAGAGGAGGUGUGGGCUGCUGUGACGGCGGUCAGGGGCACCAAAACAGCGACUCCCAGGACUAGAAAAGGUGAGGAUGAUUCUUUUGACGUUGAUGCUAAUAGUAGGACGAGUAGGCGGAUUCAAUUCCCACGGUUGAGUGGCGGCGGAGGAGAACUGGGGCGAUCCGCGCCGCUCAGAAUCCCGGACUGGUCCAAGGUCUUUAAGCAUGGCCGUGGAGAUAUUGAGGAGGAGGAGGAGGAGGAGGACGAUGUCGGGGAGGAUGGAGAUCCUCCGCAUGAGUGGCUGGCCAAGAAGAUGGCCAAGAGCCAGCUGAUAUCGUUGUCUUCGUCGGUGUGCGAAGGAGCUGGGAGGACGCUGAAGGGGAGAGAUCUCAGCAAGGUCAGGAAUGCCGUGCUCACAAGGACUGGCUUCUUAGAGUAA